AUGGGCAGGCAGGAAUCUUGGAAUACAGGCAGCAUCUGGCAAGACUCUCGGUGGGCCACGUGCUCGGUGAUUGACAGCAGCAUGACUGGUGUGUUUCCCGUUGUGGCAGCCUUGGAGCUCAGGUCGGUGGAGCUGCAGAUCCCCAGGAACAACAAGGACCACCACACCCAGGAGAUGGGCUUGACCAAGCUCAUGCUGCGCCGCGCUCAGAACUUCAGCUUGACGUUGACCUUCAACCGACCCUUCCAGCCCCAGAAGGACCACCUCACCUUUGUGGCUGAGACAGGACCAGAGCCCACAGAGCUUCUGGGGACCCGAGCCACUUUCCCGCUCAUCCAGACCCGGCCUGGGAAUGUCUGGAGUGCUGCUGACUUCACCAUUGACAACAACUCUCUCCAAGUCUCAAUUUUCACACCAGCCAGUGCAGUCAUUGGCCAUUACACACUGAAGACAGAGAUUUCUCGGGACCAGGGUCCUGGUGUGACUUACCCACUGGGGAAUUUCAUCUUGCUUUUUAACCCAUGGAGUAGAGAGGAUGACGUCUACCUGCCGAGUGAAACCCUGCUGCAGGAGUAUGUCAUGAGCGACUACGGCUUUGUUUACAAGGGUCAAGAAAAUUCCAUUACCUCCAGGCCUUGGAACUACGGGCAGUUCGAAGAGGACAUCCUUGACAUCUGCUUUGAGAUCCUGAACAAGAGCCUGUACUUUCUAAAGAACCCAUCCAAAGACCAUUCUCAGAGGAGCGACGUGGUGUAUGUAUGCAGGGUGGUGAGUGCCAUGAUCAACAGCAAUGACGACAGCGGUGUGCUGCAGGGGAACUGGGGAGAGGACUACUCCCAGGGCAUCAGCCCUCUGGAAUGGAAUGGCAGUGUGGCCAUCUUGCGGCAGUGGUCAGCCAGGGGCGGGCAGCCUGUGAAGUAUGGACAGUGCUGGGUCUUUGCUGCUGUUAUGUGCACGGUAAUGAGAUGCUUAGGUGUUCCAAGCCGCGUCGUUUCCAAUUUCCAUUCCGCACACAACACAGACGGGAACCUGACCAUUGACACCUACUAUGACCGAACCGCAGAAAUGCUGCCGACUCAGAAGCCAGACAAAAUCUGGAACUUCCAUGUCUGGAACGAGUGCUGGAUGAACCGGAAAGACCUUCCACCAGGGUACAAUGGCUGGCAGGUUCUGGACCCCACCCCUCAGCAAACCAGCAGUGGGUUGUUCUGCUGUGGUCCGGCCUCUGUGAAAGCCAUCAAGGAAGGGGAUGUCCACCUGCCCUAUGACACCCCUUUUGUGUAUGCACAAGUGAAUGCUGAUGAGGUCAUUUGGCUUUUUGAGGGUGGCCAGGUCCAGGAAAUCCUGGCCCAUAAUACCAGUUACAUCGGGAAGGCGAUCAGCACCAAGAUGGUAGGGUCAGAUGAGCGCCUGGACAUCACCAGUUCCUACAAGUACCCAGAAGGAUCCUCUGAGGAGCGCUCUGUAUUCAUUAAGGCUUCCCGGAAGUUGCUGGAACCAAGAAGGGACUCUUCAUCCCUCCUGGAUCUCCUAGGGUCUGAGGGCUUUAAGGAUAAGCCUGUGCAACUGCAACUCCACCUGGCUAGGGCACCCAUGUGGGGCCAGGACCUGCUGCUCACGCUACAUGUCCAGAGGGUGCCAGACAGAGCCCACAGUCAGGACCCCAUUGGACUGAUGGUACGCUUUUGUGCGCAGGCCCUGCUGCAUGGGGGCAGCACUCGGGAACCCUUCUGGAAACAUGCGGUACGCUUGAGUAUGGAUUUUGAGAAGGAGCUACAGUGGCCGCUCCUGCUGCCCUACAACAAUUACAAGAACAAGCUGACAGACGAAAAGCUGAUCCAUGUGUCUGGCAUUGCUGAGGUUGAAGAAACAGGGCGGUUCAUUCUGGUCCUAAAAGAUUUCUCUCUGGAGCCUCCCCACUUAUCUAUUGAGGUGUUUGAAAGGGCUGAGGUGGGCAAGGCCCUGAACAUCCACAUCACCCUCACCAACACCCUAAUGGUGGCUCUGAAUAAUUGCACCAUGAUUCUGGAGGGGAGCGGCCUCAUCAAUGGGCAGCUAACAAAAGACCUUGGGACUCUGAUGGCCGGACACACCAUCCAAAUUCAGCUGGAGCUCUACCCCAUCAAAGCUGGGCCCCACCAGCUACAAGUCCUCAUCAGCAGUAGCGAGGUCAAGGAGAUCAAAGGCUACAAGGACAUCUUCAUUGCUGCAGCUCCAGUCUCCUGAGCCUUCCUGAUGCCCCCCCACCCCACGUGUCCCCGUUUCAGCCCCGCUUCCCGUCCUCAGUGUAGCCUUGCUGCUUUCUACUUCUCAAGGUGUUGUCUUUAUUCAACCUCGGUAGUGGGGACAAAUGAAACGCUGUGGAACCGCUGUCCAUCCUGGGAAGA